AUGUUAUCGGGUGAAAUACCCCCAGAUUUAGGAAACUGUUCUGGGCUUGUCGACGUGUAUUUGUAUGAGAAUAGUCUCUCAGGUUCACUUCCACCAGAGUUAGGCAAGCUGCAGAAGCUAGUGAAGAUGUUACUAUGGCAAAACAAUCUCGUUGGGACUAUUCCUGAGGAAAUUGGAAGCAUACCUGGGUCCUUUGGAAACCUCACACAGCUUGAAGAGUUGAUGAUUAGUAACAAUAACAUCUCUGGGUCAAUCCCACCAGUACUUUCCAAUGCCACAAACCUGUUGCAGUUGCAGGUAGAUACCAAUCAGAUAUCGGGCUCCAUUCCACAAGAGCUUGGGAUGUUGACAGAGCUAACAGUCUUCUUUGCCUGGGAGAACAAACUUGAGGGAAGCAUUCCAUCAGCAUUGGCUGGUUGCAGAAGCCUCCAAGCUCUUGAUUUAUCACACAAUUCCCUUACAGGUAGCUUACCUCCUGGCCUAUUUCAGCUUCAAAAUAUAACAAAGCUUCUCUUGAUUUCCAAUGGCAUUUCGGGUCCCAUACCCCGAGAGGUGGGCAACUGUAGCUCUCUUAUUCGGCUCCGAAUUGUAGAUAAUAAAAUUAGUGGACGAAUUCCAAACGAAAUAGGGCAUUUAGACAACCUCAGUUUUCUUGAUCUCUCCAAUAACAAUCUCAAUGGAUCAGUGCCAGAUGAGGUUGGCAAUUGCACAGAACUGCAAAUGCUGAACCUGAGUAAUAAUACAUUUGGAGACACCUUGCCAGGCUCUCUAUCUUCACUCAAUAAGCUCCAAGUAAUGGAGUUUUCUGGGAACAGGUUUGUGGGUCAGAUUUUCAGUAAGUUAUGGCCAACUUUACUUCCUUAA